ACGGGCCACACUCUGCCAUGCAGAAUUCCAUGAACAGGCUGGCUGUGCAGGCGCUGGAGAAGAUGGAGACCAGGAAGUUCAACUCCAAGAACAAGGGGCGCCGGGAGGGGAGCUGUGGAGCCCUGGACACACUCAGCAGCAGCUCCACGUCCGACUGUGCCAUCUGCCUUGAGAAGUACAUCGACGGAGAGGAGCUGCGGGUUAUCCCCUGUACUCACCGCUUUCACAGGAAGUGCGUGGACCCGUGGCUGCUGCAGCACCACACCUGCCCCCAUUGUCGGCACAACAUCAUAG